AUGGGUUCCCUCGUUCCAGGCUGGGACGCCGAUAUCGGCGUACCCAGAGACGAGGCAGCGGUGCAUCCUCUUGGUCGCAUCUCUGCACCACAAUCCGUAGCUAAGGGGAACACCAAGCAGGCCCUGGUUCAACGGUCUUCCACAUUGACGCACACCGGCUCACGUGGGGCCGCCGCUCCACACAAGUAUCAGUUUACGGACUGGUCGGAGGAGCUCACAUCUCUACGAAAGGGUGGUAGUCAUCUGGGCCGUAGCUCUCUGGGCGCACACGAGCAUGCACAUGAGACUGGCCGUGAGGAAGCAUCAGCCUGGUGGCGCGCCCUGGAGGUGGGUCAGCUGAACGAGCACCCGGAUGCGGUGCCGAGCUCGGCGACGCACGGCGUGCAGCACGCCACGUUUAUGCCGCAGUUCACACAGUCCAAACAGCUGGACUUUGGCGACUCUGGCUCCAAGUAA